AUGCCAAAAAUGGAAGAGAAUAUAAGGAAGAGAAAGCGAAAAACGACAGUUUGUGAUAACUGUAAAAAAAAGAAACGGGCUUGUAAUAAAGGAAUACCUUGCUCUUUUUGUAUUAAAACAGGACAAACGCAUCUAUGCACAUACGUAAAUAACCGUUCAUUAGCUGACGAGAAUCACAUCGAUUUUGAAAAUGAAUAUCUAAGGGAUAUUGGAGAGUCGAAUUUAGGAAAUCGCUCUUUGGAUUCCAGUUCAAAAAAAAACAUUAGGGACGAUCAAAACUCGAUUUUUGAUGGAUUACUGAGGAAUGAAUUAAUUGAAAAGAUACAAUAUCUAUCAACAAAAUUAGUAACAGAGGAAAUACAGAGUGCUUCUAUAACGAGGCUUAAGCCUCCUACGAAGAGAAUACAGUAUGUGGUUCUUCCUGAACAUCUCAGGAAUAAGGAUUUUUUUCAUGGCAUAAACCCAGUUGAAUCUACUGAUGAAGUAAUCAGUUUUUAUGAAUCAAAAAAUGAUAAUGUAUUCAAAUAUGAUCAUAACUAUUCCACGCGUGGUUUGUUUCAUUGGUCAUCUCUUAUAGAUAAAGAUAGUGCUUUCAUUUCGCUUUGGAAUUUCAUUGUUAGAAGCAGAAGGAAGAGGAAAGCAAACUCUGCAUCGGAGACCCAUUUCGAGGAUAAGGAUGAGGUUUCUAAUAGCGGAAGCUUAAAAUAUGCUGAUAACAAACAGAAUCGAGAUACUGAAAAGAGUUCUGGAGCGAUUUUAUCAAUGGGCCUUGUGCUUGACAAUACCUUCUUCGAAGGCUCAAAUUUCAUUGAAAAGUUACGACUUGCUUUACCGCCGCAGAGAGUUAUAUGGCAGUUAAUUGAUAGAUUUUUUAAAAAUUUAUACCCUUUCAUGCCUAUACUCGACGAGAAGCAAUUCAGAUCUAGAGUAUCUAAAAUGAUUGGACCAGAGGGGUACGAAGAUAUUAAGAUCAGCGUUUUAAACAUUUCCCAAAAGGUAGAAUUAGCAUGGUUUGGUAGCUUAUUAAUUGUAAUGAAAUUGAGCUUUCUUUCUUUGUUUUCUAGCAGUUCCGUUAACUUGAGUAAUUUCGAAGAAAAAGAUGCGAAGGAAAGUUGUGAUGUGAAAUAUCUUUUGAACAAUCUGACUAAUGAAAAUUUCGUUGCAAUAGCACAUGAAUGUUUAAACCAGUUCCUGUUAUUUAGAAAAGUUUCUCUUCCCAUAUAUCAGUGUGCAUUUCUAAUGAAAUGUUACUACAUGUUAUCCCCCGAAGAAGGUGAAGGGAGUGAUAACAAUGAAACCAGAGUUUACACGGGAAUUCUCGUUCAAAUGGCAUAUUCUAUAUCUUUACAUAGGGAUCUAUGCGUUUCAAAGAAUGAUGCAGAGACAGCUAGAUUAGAAAACGUGAAAAGAAAAAAUUGGUUCUAUCUAUUGUUAUUAGACACCUUGUCUGCUUUUUCUGAAGGAAACUUUUUCAGCAUGAGAGAAGGAUCAUUUGACACGAAACUCCCUGUCUAUGUAGAAGGGGCUGAAAAUGUUGAAGAUGUGGAAAUUGAGAAAACAGUGAUUUCAAUGUUUGAACAUGUUGCAAAACUUGUUGCUCCUUUACGACGCUUAUUAGUAAGAUUAUUAGAUGUAAGGUCAAAAGUUCUUAUGUUUGAAGUAGCUGAUGAACUUGACCAUUUAGAAAUAUUUUUGCUACAGAACUACGGAACAUUAAAGGAGCUCUUUGAGAAUUACGUUGACUCCGGUCCUUCUUCUGUAUUUGAAAGAGUAUUAAAAAUUAAAGUAUAUCUACCAACGAGAUGCUUUUUUAUUUCGAUAUAUUUACAUUUCAUAUUAAAAUAUGAGCUUUCGAAGAAUUCGCAGCUACUAUUUUUCUACGUCAGGAAAGCUUUAAGUAUAGUUGUUGAUGAGUUACUUCCAUACUGUUUGAAAUUACUUCAUUUUAGACACCCUUUUUUGAAGAAUAUUCCUAAUUUGGUACUAAACCUGGAAAUUCUACUGGCUUUGUCCAAAGCUAAUCAAACUUUUUUCUGUCUUUUAGUAAGGUUUCGAGCCGCAUUCUAUUCAAUGAGUGUAUCACCCGACCAUGAAAGUAAAAUGUCAUCAGACUUGGACUACAAAUUUUAUCACCAUUCCUUCGAAAUAUUGACGAGAGGAUUAAGUAAGAUGUGUGAAAUCACCAUUCAUGCAUUUUUAAAGCUCAGAGAAAGAUAUUACUUUGCAUGGAGAAUGCUGAAAACUCAUGGGCAUAUUUUGUCUACAUUGAUGAGUGAUGAAUUCUAUCAAGAUUUUAGUGGCAUGAAAAAUGAAACAAGUCUAAAGCUUCCAUCGCUCCUAGAUGAAAAACAGACCGAAGAAUUGAUUGCAAUAUGUAAUCGUGGCAUAGUGAGAGGAGAUUAUGGUACUGAAUUUAUGCAACAGGACACUGAUAGCUGCUCAAAAGGAACUAAACUGAAGCAUUUUAAGGCGGCUUCUGGCUAUGCUUCUGAAACAAACUUCGAAAAGUCAAUGGAUACUGAAAACCUGACAAAUUCGAAUGACUCAGGUGUAGACGCAUCAUGGUUAAGGAUGUCUCUGACAGAAUUUAAUAACCUCAAUGGAUUCUCAGAUGAUACUUCUCUUAUGACGUCAAAUGGUUCAAAUUCUGGUAAUGGAUUUCAAGACUUCUCCAAUUCUUUUGUCUCUGAGCCUCAAAAAACUUCCGAUGAAAGCAAAUACUUACUGGAGUUAGCUUUAGAUCAUUUUUUCAACAUAUUAAGCAGCGAGAUAUGA